AGAGGAAAAAAAAAGAUGGACAUGGCCAUCGACACGCCAUCGCCGGCGCCCUCCGCCGCCUCCCCGGCGCCGUCAGCGGCGGCGGGGCGGCAGACGCGCGCGGCGGAGUCGGUGCGGCUGGAGCACCAGCUCGUGCGCGUGCCCCUCGAGGUCCUCCGGGCCACCGCGCGCACCAACCACCGCCUCGCCGAGAAGGAGAUCGCCGCCGUCCUUUCCUCCGCCUCCUCGGUCGCCGCCCCCGACGCCGUCGACCACCUCACCUCCCUCGUCUCCCGCCUCCACGGACUCAAGCGCAAGAUGGAGGAAGGCGCGCGGGCGGAGGAGCUCCAGGUGCAGAGGUGCCGUGCUCGGCUGGACCGGCUGGCCGCCGCCAGCGCCGGCGACGACGGCGAGUGGGAGGACAUUCGGCUCAAGCGUAUCCUUGUUGACUACAUGCUCCGGAUGUCCUACUAUGAUACUGCCACCAAGCUCGCCGAGACCUCUGGCAUUCAGGAUCUCGUUGAUAUUGAUGUCUUCCUAGAUGCAAAACGAGUAAUUGAUUCUCUUCAGAAUAAGGAAAUUGCCCCUGCUUUAGCUUGGUGUGCGGAAAACAAGUCUCGGUUAAAGAAAUCAAAGAGUAAGCUCGAGUUUUUACUGAGACUUCAAGAAUUUGUGGAGCUAGUCAGGGCUAAGAACUUCCUACCGGCUAUAGCAUAUGGCCGGAAAUACCUUGCUCCCUGGGGGUGUACACACAUGAAAGAAUUACAGCGUGUUACGGCAAGCCUUGUUUUUAGAAGCAAUACAAACUGUGUUCCUUACAAGGUCUUGUUUGAGCAAAACCAGUGGGACUCUCUCGUGGACCAGUUCAAGCAAGAAUUCUACAAAUUAUAUGGCAUGACACUAGAGCCACUGCUGAACAUCUACCUGCAAGCAGGCCUGACAGCUUUGAAGACUCCAUUCUGCUUCGAGGGUAACUGCCCCAAGGAAGACCCAUUGUCACUAGUUGGGUUCCGGAAACUCGCGGAGCCCCUGCCCUUCUCCAAGCAGCACCACUCGAAGCUCGUCUGCCACAUAACCAAGGAACUCAUGGACACCGAGAACCCGCCACUCGUCCUACCCAACGGCUACGUGUAUAGCACCAAGGCUCUCGAUGAGAUGGCCAAGAAGAAUGGGGGCAAGAUCACGUGCCCCAGGUCGGGCGCCGUCUAUAACUACACCGAACUCGUCAAGGCUUACAUCUCAUGAUCAUGGUGGUGCCGUCGUAUCUCUGUCUCGGCGAGAUGAUGACCAUCUGAUUGGUUGGCAGUCUGAAUGUGUACAUAGAACGACUGGAUGAAUCAGCACAUGGGUUGCACAUCCUUUCAAGUUUAUUUGAAUUGUAAUGCAAGGCAAAAGAAAAACAGUGAAAAUUUAAAAUUACUGAUUGUGAUUUCCAUCAUUUACGUUUCCUUCAA